GAGAGGAGAGACAGGAACGUUGAGAGGGUGGAAAAGGAAUUAAAGUGCAUUAAAAGUGAUGCCUGCAAUUUUCGUAUAUAAAAGCAAUAGAAACCAGAGUUGUCCCUUCCCAUAACUCUCAGUUCGCCAUCUCCUGAGUCUGCCCUUCCUUUCAGUCCAAAAGCUUGAGUCCGUCUCCGUCACCGUUUAGCAGAAAUGGCCGACCAAAAAUAUGGUUAUCCCUACCCUGCUCAAGGGGGUUAUUCUGCUCAAGGGGGUUAUUCUGCUCAAGGGGGUUAUCCCCCUCAAGGGGGUUAUUAUCCCCCUCAAGGGGGUUAUCCCCCUCAAGGAGGUUAUUACCAAGGCCCUCCAGUAGUGGCACCUCCACAAUAUGCUGCUCCUCCACCCAGGAGAGAACCAGGUUUCCUUGAGGGAUGUCUUGCGGCUUUGUGUUGCUGCUGCCUAAUUGACGAGUGUUGCUGCGAUCCUUCUAUCCUCUGUUUCUUUUAGAAUUAAUAUAUAUCCAUUGGAUAAUUCCACAACCAUAUAUUGUUGUAUAAGUGUAAUGCUUCUUGAUUUCAAAUUUUCUUUAAUUCGGUAAAAUUUAUGUACAAGACUACUAGUUGUUUCUUUUCUGCAAUCUAUGUGUGGUAUCCAUAAUAGUUAUAUAUCUUCUUCAUUCA